AAUAGAAUGGAGGUGGAUAGUAUUGCAGCUGUAAUGAUGGGUUACCAUUGCAGGUAAAAAUGAAAACAUCCCUUCGUGGCUAUGAGUGCGGAGUUUGCGCACCGUCGUCGAGGACCUGAGUGAAUGUGUGAGUGUUUGUGUGUGUGUGUGUGUGUGUAUGCAUGUAUAUGCGUGAGUGUGCAUGUACACUUGUGUGCAGAUCCACAAUUGUGUGUUAGGAACAUGGGACCAAUACCGUGUCCAGUGGGCGACAGCUUUCUAACUCCAGAGACUCAUUCAAGGGCGGAUCGGUGCUGCAUCUCCUGACCUCCUCUCUCCACCCCCUCCCCUCCUUGUCGUGGACACGCCCCCCAACCCCCAGCCCUGCCUUUUGACUUCAUGAAGCUUCGUCUCGUCAGUGAUCUGAUGAAUAAAUUUGAGGUCCUUGGGAUUGUAGGAGAGGGAGCCUAUGGGGUAGUUCUUAAAUGCAGGCACAAGGAGACAAAGGAACUUGUGGCCAUAAAGAAGUUUAAGGACAGUGAAGAGAAUGAGGAGGUGAAAGAAACAACCCUGCGGGAGCUGAAGAUGCUCCGCACACUCAAGCAGGAGAACAUCGUGGAGCUGAAGGAGGCGUUCCGUCGCCGUGGGAAACUCUACCUAGUAUUUGAAUAUGUGGAGAAGAACAUGCUGGAGCUGCUGGAGGAGAUGCCCAAUGGCGCACCGCCCGACAAGGUCCGCAACUACAUCUACCAGCUGAUUAGAGCCAUCCACUGGUGCCAUAAGAACGAGAUUGUACACAGAGACAUCAAGCCAGAAAAUCUCCUCAUCAGCUCUAAUGAUAUCCUCAAGCUGUGUGAUUUUGGUUUUGCCCGUAACCUCUCAGAAGGCAGUGAUGCUAAUUACACAGAAUACGUGGCCACAAGGUGGUACCGUUCUCCAGAGCUGCUCCUGGGGGCCCCGUACGGGAAGGCCGUGGACAUGUGGUCAGUGGGGUGUAUUCUGGGCGAGCUGAGUGAUGGACAGCCCUUGUUUCCGGGCGAGAGUGAGAUCGACCAGCUCUUCACCAUUCAGAAGGUCCUGGGUCCUCUCCCGCCUGAGCAGAUGAAGCUCUUCUAUAGCAACCCACGCUUCGCUGGUCUCCGGUUCCCAACGGUCAGCCACCCACAGACACUGGAGAGAAGAUACCUGGGCAUCAUUAGCGGUUUAAUGUUGGACCUGAUAAAGAGCCUUCUGCAGCUGAACCCGUCUGAGCGCUUCCUUACCGAGCAGUGCUUGAACCACCACGUGUUCCAGGGGCUGCGAGCCAUGGAGCGACCCGCCGUGCCCUCUCCCACGGUGCCACGCUCGUCCAAGAGGAAACCCUACCACGGGGACAACACCAUACCCAGCCGCAGUAAGAGUUCCAGUCACCGUCGCUCCAACGGUAAAGACUGCUCAUCACUGCCACGCCACGAGGACCUGCACCGCAGCACAGACAGCUUCCUGAACGGAGGCGUGAUCGGGGGCGUGUCCGGGCUUGGGGGCGUGGCCGCCAGCCUGAGCCCCACACUGCACCCCAAGAGCUACCAGAGCCAGACGCUGAACCGUUCAGUGUCCUGCAACAAAGAUCUAGCCAAUAACAAUCUGCCACACCUACUCAGCCCCAAAGACACCAAGGGUAAGACAGAGUUUGACUUCACCCUGGGCCCCAAGGGUGGGACUGCAGUGGGCGUGGCCAGUGGGCCGGAUACCUCCACUGGCAAGUACCUCAAGUCAUCCAAGCCAGGCCGGCACUCGUCCUUCCUGGAGGGCAAGACCAGCACGCUGCAGUCAGGCGAAAAACGCGGCCACCACGGCUACGCAGAGAGCUCCCACGGCUCCAUGCCAUCCUCAUCAUCCUCGAAGAGCGCCUCAUCCUUCCUCAGCCUGUCCAAGAGCCAUGGAGCGCUGAGCGACGCUAAGUCCAUGGGGAACCUGGCCGAGGCGCGCCUCCACCCGGACGAGGCUGCAUCUGGCUCUGGAUCCGGUUCCGGAUCCCGCUACUUCCCAUCCAGCUGCCUGGACCUGAAUGCGGCUCCGGGUAGCCCGCGGGGUGAGCGGCACGGCACAUCGGAGCGCCAGGGCCACAGCCCCGCCGGGCGUGGCAAUACGCGCCUGGAGGGCGGCACACUCGACUCCCGCCGCUCCUCUGGCCGGAAGAAGAACCCGGAGGAACCCAAGGCCCCCGAUACGCUGGACCCCACCAGGGCAGGUGGAGUGGGCACAGGCCACGCCCAUACACUCUCUGCCCCGCACGAGUCCUUCCCCUAUGGCCUGGGCUACACCAGCCCCUUCUCGUCUCAGCAGCGCCCCCACAGGCACUCCAUGUACGUGCGACGGGAGCGGCACAGGACCCACGGGCAGGAGACAGGACUAGUGGUGGGGCAGGGUGCGCCCACACGCGCGAGCAGCCUACAGCUGCUUUCCCCUCAGCUUCCACACCGCCCCAUACCCCGACAGCCCACCGGAUCUUCCAGGGAGGAGCUCAGCCCAGACCUCAGCAGGAGUGAACAGUCUCCCAAAGAGAAGCCUCACUCUCACGGCCCGAUUAAAGAUUCGACGAGGGACAACACUGCUCCCUUCCACUCACAGCGGCCCAAAAACGAGGUGACGAUGUACCACGACCCACACAUGGAGGACGGAACAUCGUCCAAGGAGAACAGAAUCAUCUACAGUGAUUCGAUGCCUCGACGAGUAGGCAGCUUCUAUAGAGUCCCUUCUCCACGACCAGACAACUCCUUCCAUGACAACGGAAAUCCAGGUCGAGGGCCAGCUGUUCCGGCAGACAUGGCAGCCCAGAGCAACCAUUCCAAACGCCAGACUAACUUUGACCCGUGGACUACCCCUGAUGCCAUGGUGAUGACCCAACCAGAGGCACCAAAACAGAAAGAAAAACAGGGUUUCUUCAGAGCAAUAAAGAAGAAGAAGAAGAAGUCAGAGGCGACGGAGGUUCGUGAGGGAAGGAACCCAAGCAUCAAGAAAAGCCUUUUCCCCCUGUUUAACUCAAAGAAUAGCUUAAAGCAUAACGCCUGUGUGCUUCCUGUUCUUACCCAGACCAUGGUCCCGGCUGAUGGACUGCAGGACCAGCUACUUCUACAGAGGCCGGUGAAAUCCUCCUCCCACCACAGUAGUCGGCACCGAAACCGGGACAGGGACCGAGACCGGGACAGGGACAGGGACAGGGACCGGGACAGGGAGCGGGACCGGGACCGGGACAGGGAGCGGGACAGGAACCGAGACAGAGACAGCACGUGGCCCACAGAGAAACAUGUGAAUGCACAAACACAGAACCAGCCCUUGAAGUCUCUGCGCAAGCUGCUGCAUCUCUCCUCUCCACCUUCUUCCAACCCGCCUGCCACCCAACCGCCGCCUCCACCUCUUCCUCCGGACCGUUCUGCUGAGCUGCUCUUCCAGCCCCACCCCAAUCCCGGCCCACCCAAAGGACCCCCUCCCCCCCUCCCUGAGCCACGGGGGCUUCCUGUGGGCAGCCUCACCCCAAACACCAAAAGCCGCAAGCCCCAUAACUACCCCCUGCCAGGGCAGAUGGAGUCGGGCUGGCACACCUCGGCCCUGGCUCGUGCCGAGGGGGCUCCUCCGUACCCUGACCAAAUGGCUAGCAAGAGCGGGCAGAAUGGCAUUGGGUACGCCCGGGCCCCUCGCACCCGGAUGCCAAACCUCAACGACCUGAAAGAAACGGCGCUGUAGGGCACAGCCGUGUCUCCUCCCCCUCAUCAGGCCGCCUGGGGAACGCAUCACCACACAGCUCAUGCACAGUGAUACACAGCGCCACCUCUGGCCAGAAGAUGACGGUAGUCAUGUCUUGAUUUUGUUUUAUAAAAAAAGCAUCCACAUUUGAUAGAAUUUGUAUUAUUGUUAAUGACAUAUGGGUUCAGUUUUCUGUUGAAUAUCUUAUCGACAUUGAUGAUAUGUACUAUGUAUUUGUAUAUGGAAAUUUAUUGGUGGGGGGGCAAUCUGUGGAAUAGUAAGAGCUUUAGUUUAUACACCAGAGAAUGUAUAAUUAAUGUGUAAUAAUUCUAUAUUUCAUGGAGAUUAUUUAAUUAAUUAUGGGUGUCUUAAUAUUUACAUUGUAUAGUGCAUUUUACUGUUGUAACAAAAGGUACAUUGUUAGGAUUAUUAUUAUUAUUAUUAUUAUUAUUAUUAUUAUUUCAUUGGACAUUUUGUUUAAUUACGAAUCCCAUGUCUGGAUGCAUAGGUCUCUCAUACAUAAACACUCUGCAGGUUAAAGAUUUAAACUUUAAAUUUUGUGAGGUCUCCCAGAGAACAAAGAAGUCAGGUUAGUCACGUGACUUCUUUGUGAACAGGUGAAUUAUUCUGUUAUUUUAUAAUUAUUAUAUAAAUAUUCCCAAACUAUUCCAAGCAGAUUAGCUAAACCAUCAGAGGUUAAUUCUUCCCAAACGAUCCCAAACUAACAGCUGACAUUAAUGUGACAUUGAAGCAUCAGAGCUGUGCAGCGUCUGUAAAGCAGCUGGGCUGGGCUGUGGUGGGCCUGUCCUGAGGCGGGGGGUCUGUUGGU